AUGGCGGUUCCAGGCCUGGAUGCAGUUUGCCGUCAUAUUAAAAGUGGAGAUGUCCUGUUACUGAACCGCCAGCCCACUCUUCAUAGACCCUCCAUCCAAGCUCACCGGGCCAGAAUCCUGCCUGGAGAGAAGGUGCUGAGGCUCCACUAUGCCAACUGCAAGGCAUACAAUGCUGAUUUUGAUGGUGAUGAAAUGAACGCCCAUUUCCCACAGAAUGAGCUGGGUAGAGCAGAGGCCUACACCUUAGCCUUUACUGAUGAGCAGUAUCUAGUUCCAAAGGAUGGCAAACCACUUCCUGGGUUGAUCCAGGACCACAUGAUUUCUGGAGUCAGCAUGACAACCCGGGGCUGUUUUUUCACAAGAGAGCAAUAUAUGGAGCUUGUUUAUCGAGGACUAACAGACAAGAAAGGAAGAAUUAAAACCUUUCCUCCUGCCAUUAUGAAACCACAACGAUUAUGGACAGGAAAGCAGGUUGUUUCUACAUUGUUAAUAAAUAUCAUCCCAGAAAAGUACGUCCCACUGAAUUUGACUGGGAAAGCUAAGAUAGGUGGGAAAGCCUGGAUGAAGGGACCUGCAAACAGAUGUCUAAAUCUUGACUCAAUGUGUGAAUCUCAGGUUAUUAUUAGAGGUGGGGAAUUACUUUGUGGUGUGCUGGACAAAGCUCAUUUUGGCAGCUCUGCCUAUGGCCUAGUCCACUGCUGCUAUGAAAUCUAUGGGGGUGAAACCAGUGGAAAAGUGCUAACAUGUCUGGGACGCCUCUUUACUGCUUAUCUGCAGCUCUACAGGGGAUUUACAAUGGGGAUUGAGGAUAUCUUGGUUAAACCUGAAGCAGACCGCAAAAGACACAAAAUUAUCAAGAAGUCAAACCAGUGUGGUAUUGAAGUUGUUAGAGCAGCUCUUAAUUUGCCAGAAACAGCAUCAUGUGAAGAUGUACAAGGGAAAUGGCAGGAUGCCCAUCUCUGCAAAGACCAGAGAGAUUUUAACGUGGUUGACCUGAAAUUCAAGGAGGAAGUAAACAAUUACAACAAUGAAGUUAACAAGGUUUGCAUGCCAUUUGGUCUGCAUAGGAGCUUUCCAGAGAACAAUUUGCAAUUGAUGGUACAGUCAGGAGCCAAAGGAUCCACUGUAAAUACAGUACAGAUUUCUUGUUUGCUGGGCCAGAUUGAGUUGGAAGGUCGAAGGCCCCCACUGAUGGCAUCUGGCAAAUCUCUGCCGUGUUUCCAACCUUAUGAUUUUUCCCCUAGCUCAGGAGGAUUUGUGACUGGCAGAUUUCUCACUGGGAUCAAACCUUCUGAAUUCUUCUUUCACUGCAUGGCUGGCAGAGAAGGUCUUGUGGAUACAGCUGUGAAAACCAGCCGUUCUGGGUACCUACAGAGGUGUAUCAUAAAGCAUUUGGAAGGGCUGGUGGUUCAGUAUGACCUGACUGUACGGGACAGCGAUGGCAGUGUGGUGCAAUUUCUGUAUGGAGAAGAUGGGCUUGAUAUCCCUAAAACUCAGUUCUUACAACCCGAGCAGUUUCCUUUCAUUGCUGAUAACUAUGAGGUGAUCCAGAAGACAAACCAUCUUAAUGAAGCUUUAGCAAGGAUGGAGUCACACCAAGCAAAGCAGCAGUUUAAAGCCAUCAGAAAGUGGUGGGCCAGGCACCAAAACUCUGUGCAGAGAGAAGGAGGUUUUCUGUUGUUUUCUCAGAAGAAAAUGGCAAGUGUAAAGACACAAAUCUCGGGAGGAGAAAGCAAAAAUGGAAGAGAUCCUGCUACUUUACAGUUAUUGAAGAUGUGGUAUGAACUAGAUGAGAAGAAACGAAGAAAGUAUCUAAAGAAGGCACAUAAGUGUCCUGACCCAAGUCUUGCUGUUUGGCGUCCAGAUUCCUACUUUGCAUCUGUUUCAGAAACAUUUGAAAAUGGAGUCGAAGAUUAUAUCAACAAACGAGAAUGUAAGAAGGGAGGAGGUUGUGUGCAAUCAGCACUUUCUUCUGAUAGAUUAAAGGAUUUGUUAUAUUUGAAGUGGCAACGGUCUCUUUGUGACCCAGGAGAAGCUGUGGGUCUUCUUGCAGCUCAGAGUAUUGGGGAACCUUCCACACAGAUGACUCUGAACACCUUCCAUUUUGCUGGCAGAGGUGAAAUGAAUGUCACGUUGGGUAUUCCAAGGUUGCGGGAGAUCUUGAUGGUAGCCAGUGCAAAUAUUAAAACACCAAUGAUGAGUGUUCCUGUGCUCAAUACCAAGAAAGCUCACAAGAAGGUGAAACAGCUCAAGAAACAGCUCACAAGAGUGUGCUUAGCUGAGGUAUUGCAGAAAGUUGAGUUGGAGGAAUCCCUGCACUUAAAGAACAAGGAGAACAGCCAUCGCCUCUACAAAAUCAAAUUCUGCUUCUUGCCCCAUGAAUAUUAUGGAGAGGAGAAGUGUGUGAAGCCCAGGGACAUCUUACACUUCAUGGAAACAAGGUUCUUUAAAAUUUUCUUGGAAGCCAUUAAAAGGAAGCAUACAAAGAUGUCAUCUUUUACUGAAGUCAGUACCCGCAAAGUGACUCGUAGAGAUGUAGAAGAUGUUGGAGACAAGGCACAAAAUAAUCAAGAAGCUCCAGAAGGUGAGGAAGAAGAAAAGAUUGUUGAUGCAGAACCUGAUGAAGGGGAUGGUGAUGCUACAGAAGCAAAAAUGAGGAGGAACCAGGAGGAAGAGGUUGAUUAUGAGAGUGAAGAAGAGAAUGGGGAAGAAAAUACUGCUGAGAAUCCUGAAGAUGAAGAGGGUGAAUCAGAAAAGGAAGAGAGGACCCAAGAUGCUGAUGAAGAAGAACAAAACGGAGCAGAUGGUGACAAUUCUCAACAUCUUUCCUUUAUGGCUCAGACUAAAAAAGAGAGAGCUCAAUUACUUAAGUCAGCAGAGGUGCGAGUAAAUGCAGUUCUGAACAGUCACCCAUCUAUACAGGACUACACAUUUGACACUGAAAAUGAACUUUGGUGUGAGGUUUCGUUGACGCUUCCAUUGAUGAAGGUGUACUUUGAUAUCUCCUCUUUGCUUCUUUCUCUCACACGAAACACAGUCUUACAUGAAGUGAAGGGGAUCACACGGUGCCUGUUGAAUGAAAGUACCAAUGAGAAAGGAGAGAAAGAACUCAUUCUGCACACUGAAGGGAUAAAUCUUGCGGAGCUGUUCAGAUAUGCUGAUAUUUUGGACCUGAACAGACUUUACUCCAAUGAUAUUCAUGCCAUGGCUAGGAAUUAUGGUAUUGAGUCUGCCCUGAGGGUCCUUAUAAAGGAAAUAAAAGAUGUAUUUGCUGUCUAUGGCAUUGUGGUAGACCCUCGGCACCUCUCGCUUGUGGCAGACUACAUGUGUUUUGAAGGAGUCUAUAAACCCAUGAAUCGUUUUGGAAUCCAGUCCAGCUCCUCCCCUCUGCAACAAAUGACAUUUGAAACCAGUUACAAAUUCCUGAAGGAAGCAACAAUGAUGGGUGCCUAUGAUGAACUGAGAUCUCCUUCUGCAUGCCUGGUGCUUGGAAAAGUUGUUAAAGGAGGGACUGGUUUGUUUGACCUCAAGCAACCCCUUACAUAGUGUUUUGCCUGUAAUGUAAGGAUUCUGAUAUGUUCAUCAUAAGAAGUAUUUGUAUGUGUAUGCUCUACAGCCUACAGUAUCUGUAAUGAGCACACAUGUGCUGUGUCUCUGGUCAUCUUUCCUGUGCCAGCAGAUGUAUUAAUCUGGAUACCUGAUGAGCCUAAUUUCUUUAUUGAGAUUCUUUCGCUCCUAUAGGUGCAAACAAAUGUUUCCAAAGAACCAUUUACUCGCUGUUCUAUUUUUUUUUAUUAUUUUUUACAUAGAAAGAAAUAAAAUGGAGGAGACUAUCUGGGUCUCACAAAGGCAGAAAUCAAAGUAGAAUCUGUUUAUGGGGCCUGAAUUUUGCAGGGCACAAUGCUGGGUGGGUAAUGGCAGUUGCCACGUUGGUUGUGGCACUGUUAGUACAAUCCUUCAUCAGCCAAAGAUGUGAAUACAGAAAAUUCUCUAGGCAUCUUCUACUGUCUACACGUGGAAUGACACAGUGAGAAACCUGGUAUUCGAUGAAGGUUUUUUGUUCAUAAGUGGCAGUAUGAGCUGCUGUGCAAAACAGUCCCAGAAGAGUUAUUAACAUAGAGAUUUUUAAAUUAUUUCUGCUUUAUAUUUUGUAUCAAAAAAAGUGCUUAAUAAAGGAUGGGGCAGAAAAGUGUUAGGAACACCCUAUUAUGUGGCUGUGUUACUGAGGGAAUUCUGUCAUGCAAGCAACAGCCAUCAUACUGCUGGCUGUUAAACAGAAUCUCUUCGUGAAUCAGACUUUUUUAAUACAUUUUUAAUCAGAAUGAGAUGCAUGUAAGUUGUUACCACUCUCUGAUGUUUGUUCAUUACUGUAUAGGCACAUUUUCUGCCUGAUUUCAACCCUUUGCCCUGUGUUGCCCUUAAACCAGCUGAGGAGCUCCUGCUUGCAUCAGAGCUGUGCUAAAGGGAUUAGAUCAGACACUGGGAAACGCUGAUUUACACUUGGGAAAGAGUCUUUGUGGAUUAUCUCCAUGCAUCAGACCCUUAAAACUGUGUCAAAUGCACUGCAAAUUUUGUUGAAGCUUAACAAAUGCAUUAUACCAGCAGCUCUCCAGUUUCACUCUGUGGAUUCUUUUUUAAUAAAGGAUUUCCUUUCCAAUCUUAA